AUGAGUAAAUUGUAUGUCGUUGAUAGCCAGAAAGGAACGCUUGCUGAAGUUCGUCUUCAUUACCCAGCGUCAGUGAAAGUAGCAGCAUCUGGUUACACCAAUCCUAUAGCAGUGGCAAUGGUUCACGGAACUGUCAUUGUUACCGAGAGAAUGGGGAUACAUUUACUGCCUAGACCUGGAUUCCAAGUUGUAAGUUUAGUUUGGGGCAAUGAAAAGGCAGAGAUGGAGGCAUUUGUCGCCAGACAUGAAGUACACGUUGAUUACGAACAUGGCCAACAUUAUAGCUAAGAAGAGUUGAAAUCUGCCAUUACUGUUUUUCUACAGAGUAACAAGAAAACUGUGACCAGCAAGGGAACAAAGCUGGACCUGGAACCAUGCUUGACAACACUGGUGACAAUGACCAGCUAUGCUGAUGAAAUUCUUUUCAUUGCUGACACUGGGAACAAGAAACUAGCAGAAGUAACAGUAAAGAGGGCUGACUUUAAGCCAGAGUGCAUUGUGCGAACGGUCAUGAACCUAAAGGAGAGGGUCAAUCCGACUGGACUGUGUGUCGUUGAGGGCCAGCAAAAGUUGUUGCUUGCUGACUCCGGGACAUCUGGGGGCCUGGUCGUUCUAAACCUAAAAACGGAAGUACCUUGUGCAGCCAAAUUCACGGAGUGAGUUUGAAUUGUCAUUCAGUCAUUUUCACAGAGACCACAACCCACACUUUGAAACGGUUUUCUUUUGAAGCAUCUGUCCUAGAUGGCAGGAAAGAAGUGGAGAAGGUGGACACAAUAAUUGGUGAUGGCACGAGUGGAGCAGAGGACGGGUUCAUCGAUGUAGCAAGAGUGUCCUACCCAACAGGGAUAAUUUCUGAGAGGGAAACAAUAUUUUUCGUUGACACAGACGGCAAAAGUGUUAGGCUUAUUACCAUGAUAUCGACUCUGAUAAAGUAUAUUAGAGUAAUGGAAGACAUUUAUCGUGCUUUCCAUAUUCAUUCUGAUACUCUAGGUCAUGCCAAGUUGCCAUCUCUCUUAAAAGCUGAGCAACGCAUUGAGAAAGCGGAAAAA